UCAGCCUUUUUUUUUAAUGACCAUGAGAAUGUUUCUUUUUAAGGUCAAAUGUUGCUUUUUAGGGCUACUUGAGACUUCCACACAAUCCUUCGAACGGGUAGGAACAGUUUAACAGUCGUGACCGUUUGAAAGGGGCGAAUUUACUCUCCAAGGAAAAGCAGCGGCCUGGAUGCUCCGCUGGGCUCGAACAUGGCUGUGAAUCUCGCAAAGAACAGACUGGCCCUACUCACCGCCUACCAGGACGUCAUCGACGAGAGCACCGACACCGACUGGGCCUUGUACACAUACGAAGAUGAUAGCAACGACUUGACGCUGGCAUCAUCAGGAGGCGGCGGCCUGGCAGAAAUCACGCUGACUUUCGACAACGCCAGGGUGAUGUACGGCUUCUGCAGCCUGAAGGAGCCCAACGCCGCCCUGCCGCGAUACAUCCUCAUCAACUGGGUGGGAGACGACGUCCCCGACGCCAGGAAAUGCGCCUGCGCCAGCCAUGUGGCCACCAUCGCAGACUUCUUCCAGGGUGUAGCGGUCAUCAUCAACGCCAGCAGUCUGGACGACGUGGAUCCGUCUGCCAUCGGACAGCGACUCACAAACGGCACGACCGUGGCGGCAAGUCCCGUCCUGAGCCGCCUGAAAACCCGAGAGGAGGAGCACGGAGACGUGAAGGGUACGGUAUACCAAAAGACCAACGCAGAGGUGGAGAUGAAGAAAAUCAAUCGAGAAGAAUUCUGGGAGCAGGCCAAGCGCGAGGAGGAGCUGAGGAAGGAGGAGGAGAGGAAGAAGCUGGCCGAGGAGCGUCAGCGCUUUGAGGAGGAGCGGAUGGAGCUGGAGAGGAAGGAGCAGGAGAACCGAGAGCGGCGGUACCGCGAGCGAGAGAGGCAGAUCGAAGAGCACAGGAAGAAGAUGCAAGAGGAAGAGGAGGCCAAAGACAGACUGCAGACCCAGACCACCUUACCCGCAGAGCUCAGCAUCGAUGACCUCAGCCUGGACAAGAAAGAGUCUGAAGUGGAGGUUCAGGAGGCGAAGGCCAUCAUCGCUCAGCGGUCCGGAAACCCUCGCGAGUUCUUCAAGCAGAAGGAACGAGCCAUGACCAUCAGCGUCGACACCUCGCCCGUCACCAUCCACCGGGCCGGCCGCUUGGACAGCCCUUUCUUGAGGCAGCAGCACAGUCCCAGCAGCCCCACUUCGACUCCCCCGCCCAGGGGUGUGUCGCCCCUGCGCGGCGCCACCGCGCCGCACGCACGGACGCACCGCGCCGCCGGGGAGAACGACGAGCAAGCGAGCGGGGAGCGCAACAUGGCCGCCGUGUCUCCCAUCCCCAAAAUCGUCACCACGCCCAUCAAGGAGGAGGCCAACAUGGAGCUCGAUGGCGUUUCCGAAUGGGAGCCAAAGCAGGAGCAGAAAGCUUCGGUCCAGGACUCCAGCGCCGCCUCCAAGCCCGUGCAGAGCGUGGCCCCGCAGGCCCGCGAGCCCGCCCCCUUCUCCACGUGGGAUUCAACCACGGACGACCUGGUGGACGUGUGGGACGCCGCCCCCCCGGCCGAGCCCUCCCGCGCCUCCUCCGAUGCGCUGGACCUGAUGGGCGAUCUCGCCGCCGCCGGCGACGUCCGCUCGCAGCCGCUCCUCAGCUUCGACGACAUGAUGGACGGCGGCGUGUGCUCGGCCGCCGAGGACGACCCCGCCAGCCUGGUCGACGUCAGCGCCUCGGAGCCCAUGACGCUCAGCUACCAGCACGCGUUGCAACACGCCGCCGGCGACGGUCAGAUGCUCAUGACCAACGGGGAGAUGCUGAUGAAGGAAGCAACUCAGGCAAGUGAGGGCUACUUCAGCCAAUCGCAGGAAGAGGAAUUCGGCCAAUCGGAGGAGGGCUCGGCAAAACCCGCACCCGUCCUUUAUAACAAGCCACCAGAGAUUGACAUCACAUGCUGGGAUGCCGACCCCGUGGCCGACGACGACGACGAUGACUAGCCGGCUGGGCAAUCCCGACGACCGAAAGGCCGGAAAUGAGGAAGUGCGCUUCGUAAAAAGAAACCCAUUUUUCUAGGAAAAAAAAAUGUAAAAAUGCAAAGAGACAAACGAAAAAAGUCUGGAAUGAAAGCAACUGUUUUUUUUCUUUUUUGUUGUUUUGUUUUUGAGGAAAUAACAGUAGCCAAACGAGUGGGGUUUCGCUAUAAUUUUUUUGCAAAUGUGUUUGUUUCUUUAUUUAUUUCUUUUUUUUUUUGCGCUACGCAGAUGUAAUAACCGGGAUGUUACUGAGAUAGCUCAGUGCUAUGGAAAGCUGUUUGAGCAUUUAUUCACGAUCCGCUUUUCAGUUCCACAUACUACGCCUUUUCCUCACUAGCAAGACGAUUUGUUUCUUCCUAGUAACAUUUUUUUCCACUACUAGUAUGACUCUUAACGUAUCUGCACUCGUAAAACUACGAUGCCCGACGAGUUGGCAUGUGACACACACACACACACACCCGAGUAGACUCAAGGUAGGGCCCAACCCUACUAUUUGCCAGAAUUGUCCAACAAGUGUUCAGACAUGUCAUGCGGUAGUGGAAAAAAUGUAAAUAGUAAGACGCAGUUGCUCUACUAGCGCUCCCAAUUAGCCAUUUCAGCAUUUAGUCAAUAUCCAUCUCCAGGUUUGUGUACUAGUACACCUUUUGUCCUCACCAGUAAGACACUUCGGCUACUAGUAAAAUGACGGUGUUCCACUUCUAGUGCCACUUUUGAUUGACUAUUACCGAUUUGGUCCAUCUACUUCGACACUCUUUUAUCAUUCAGUGCACAAGUUAGGAUAACUGGUGAGUCAUUUUUUGCCCACUGCCGCCUUCCACUACUGUACGACAUUUCUGCACACUAGUGCAAGUGCAGGUUACACUGAGGCCCAACUGCACUAGUAGACAGCCAUGUGCUCGUUGGCGCGAGUAGCAAUGUUAUUUAGUUCCACUAGCUAACAUCUACAAAGGUUCUACUAGCAUAGUUGUGCCUCGUAACAUGUCCUUAAUUGCAUGGCAAAGUUGUGCGAUUAGUGUGCAGAAAUAUCAUUAAGAAAACAAAAUAUCACUAGCAAACCAGUUGGUCUACUAGUGCAGUGAAUUGUCUUACUCGUGGGGACAAAGAGGGCACUAGAAGAUGAACCUCAAGGAAACCAAGGAUGCGGUCUCUGUUCUUACUAGCGGUCUUUGUUCUUACUAGCCAAACAACUUUGUUGACGACUACGUUACGAGCGGCACGUUCGUUGACAACUGCCUGCUACUAGUAUUCGAUUCAUUCUACUAGCGCUUCAUGCUAAUGUUGUUUGAGCAUUUAUUUGAUACCGAAUAAAUCGUCUUCAGCUGCCUUUCUUCUCAUUUUGUCCGAGUCGCUUAAUCUUGUGUCUAGUCAUCCCAGAGGCUAAAUAUUUAUUCAUCGCAUCAAAAGCAAAAUAUUUUUUCAAUUGACUUUUUGUGGGGGAUUUUUUUUGCGGGGUGGGGAGGGGGGCUGAGAAAGAGAUUUAAGUGUCUCAAUUUAGUUUUUGGAGCGCUUUUCUCUUGUCGCAGUGUCUGACUCAAUUGCGUACCUUUGCCCCGUUUUUUUUUGUUGUUUUUUUGGGAUGAAUUUACAGAUGCAAAAAAAAAAAAAGGCAUCCCGAUGAUUCUACUGUAGAUAUUUUUCCAGGUUUUUAGAAGAGUUUUCUUUUCAAAGGCAAUGAACAUGUUGCACAGUCAUGAAAAAAAGUAGUUUGGAUAUGUUGAUUUGGAUUUGAUCACGUCAUUAAAUGGAGGAACUAACUUAAAAAAAACUGAAAUGGAGUUCUAAAUUGCGCGUGCACUUAGUUGAAAGUGUAAGCGACUAACCUUGAGAAACCAAAUAUCGGGGAAAUGAAAAUAGUUUACAUUUUGAGCUUUACAAACAUUUGGUCCUCCCAAGAAAAUUCACGCAAAGGAAUAUUUAGCCACACUGAAAAUUUCUUCCUGAUAAUUUUCUUUUCCAUGUGGCACCAAUACUCUUUUAGAGGAUCAAAUUGACAUUCAGGACAUUUUUUGAAUAUUGGCGACAACGUUGUAGUCUGUUUUUGGCUGUAUAUUCCUUGUAGAAAAUUGAAACUCUAGGCAAUAAUAAUAAAUAAUAAUACGUGUACAUGCGUGCGUGACAUCAUUUGGCUCAUUAUGACGCUCAUAUGAACAUCACUUCAUAAGUUUGCAACUUUUACUUUGCUGUGUUCGUUCAUUGGAUUUUUUUUUUUUUUUUACUGAGUUCUCAAAAGUAUUUAAAAAAUGAUUUUUGGAAAGUUGCUUUUCUAACAUGAAAAAAAAGUUGUAAUCUUUUGAGUAAGGGUUUACAUACACAAAAGAUAAACAUAAUUUUGACUUUGUGAUUUGAGUGUUUUAAAAUCUGCUGAUGAAAAGAGAUGCUUUUGGCCAAUAAUGAGUUGAGAGUCAAAUCAGAAUUUGAAUUGAAACUGCUUGGGUUGUCCUGAGAAGAUGCCUUUAAUCACGCGCAUACAAACACACACACACGCGCGCUUGUCACUCUUGUUUUGCUCUAUUUUGAACGGUUGAAGCCGCUGCUAGUUCUCAUGUGAUCAUUCAUCCACGCUCUUUGACUCCUUGCUUAACAACAUAAUCGAUUUAACAUAAACGAAACGUACAGUAGACGUCAUGGUUUCCAUUUGUCACGAUCUGUUCUUGAAAAUGUCCGAUGCAUUCAAAUUAAACUUGUUUUCUAAAGGUG